UGUCAUCGUUCGCACAUAACCUCUGCCAGUGCUGUUUCGUUUUUCUUUUGCUUUGCUGCUGCGAAAAUAAUUUCAAUAAAAUCUAACGAAAUCAAACCUUAUCCUCGUUAAUCGUUCGUAACUAGUUAGAACAAAGAGACAGCAAACAUGUCCCGUGGAAGCAGCGCUGGUUUCGAUCGUCACAUUACGAUUUUCUCGCCGGAAGGUCGUCUCUAUCAAGUUGAGUAUGCAUUUAAAGCCAUCAACCAGGAGGGACUGACCUCGGUUGCUCUCAAAGGGAAGGAUGUAGCUGUGGUGGCCACUCAGAAGAAAAUUCCCGAUAAGCUGAUCGAUCCGAAAACGGUGACGCAUCUGUACCGGAUCACCCGGAAUGUGGGCUGUGUAAUGACUGGCCGGAUUGCCGAUUCGAAAUCACAGGUGCAGAGGGCCCGGUAUGAAGCGGCCAAUUGGCGCUACAAGUACGGCUACGAUAUGCCGGUGGAUGUGCUCUGUCGAAGGAUGGCCGAUAUUUCGCAGGUUUACACACAGAACGCCGAGAUGCGACCGCUGGGUUGCAGCAUGGUUCUUAUCGCAUUCGACGACGAGAAUGGUCCCUGUGUGUACAAGACGGACCCGGCCGGGUACUACUGCGGAUAUCGUGCUGUUUCCGUUGGAGUCAAACAAACGGAAGCCAACAGUUAUCUGGAGAAAAAAUUGAAGAAAAAACCCAAUUUUAACGAGGAGGAAGCAAUCCAGCUUGCUAUCACCUGCCUCUCAACGGUGUUGGCGGUAGACUUCAAACCGUCAGAAAUCGAACUGGGUCUAGUUACAAGAGAAAAUCCAGAAUUUCGCAUGAUGACCGAGGAAGAGAUUGAAGUUCAUCUAACUGCUAUCGCCGAAAAAGAUUAAACAUCCCGCUUAAGUUUCAAAUUCGAUUUAUUUCAAAUACGCAUUCGUUCUUACUCUAGAAAGAAACAUUAAUCUAAAAUUAUUCCACUCCAAA